GCGGGACGGUGUUGGAGAGCGCCAACUUCAGAGUGGCACUACGCUCUCGAGCUUUUUCAUGGCCCCAAGCUUCAAGUCGCGGGAUGGAGGCUGGGUUUGCAGCGGAUGCAAAGCUCGGAAUGGGGACAGUUUCGAUUUCUGUUGGAAGUGCUGGAAGGUUCGCGACUCCGCGAAGAUGGCGAACCACGGUGCGGCCAGCUCCCAGGACGACGCAGAGGCCGAGGACGCCACCAAAGCAAAGCUCAAGAAGUUACGGGCACACCUCGCCGAACUUCGACGGCAGGCGGAGGACCCAGACUUUGCCAAGCACGUCCAGGGGAACAUCGACGUCGUGCAGAAGGAAGUUGAUGACUUGCAGGCAGCUGUCGACAGCGGCAGCGACAUCCCACGAUGCUUCUCGGAGUGCAUGCUGGUCCGAGAGAGGAACAAAACGCAGGCGCAGCGUGAGCGCACACAGGAGCGGGUUGAGAAGCUGGAGCAGGAGAUCAAGGAGGCCCAGGAGAAGCUUGACAGAGAGAAGGCCCUCUUGGCCAGACCAGAUGAGAAAUUGCAAAAGCAGAGUGCCCGCAUCGAUGAGCUCAGCGUGCCCAAGCUAGGCAAGGGCUGGAGAGCGGCCGUAUCGUUCCUGGAGCAAGCCAAGAAGUGCCUGCGCGACCAGGGGACGGACACCAAGAUCGCCGAAGCCCUCCGACACGCGCAGCAGCAGCAGCACACCGCAGGGGAGGAGCGAGCAGCGGCGGCCGCAGCAGCAGCAGCCGUCAAGGCCAAGAAGGAGGCCGACGCCGCAGCGCGGGAGGCCGCCAACGACAAGCAGCAGAGGAACAAGCGCAGAGCCGAGGAGGAGAUCAAGCAGGAGCUGGUCUCCUUCCCGCAGAACGCCGACGCGACGCAGAUCACACAUAUCAGGCAGGAUGCGGGCUGCACAGCCGAGCAGAUCGAGCGCCACCAGCCCCACCUUCUGCCUCUGCUGGCUGGCAUGCAGCCUGGGCAGGGGUUCUUCACCAUCAAUGCGAACUCCAUCGGCACACUGGAGCGGACUAUGCGCUCCAUCAGGUACACGCACAAGGAUCCCAUCAUCAUGGCGCAGGAGCUGCAGGCACACGAGCACGGCAUCUCCUGCUUCACGCAGCGCAUGCAGAAGGAGGGCUGGAGGGGGCUCGACGCGCGGGGCAUCUCGCCCCGCGAGUCCAAGGGCCGCCUCGCGAUUGGCUGGGUCCGAGCCCGCGGCAAGGACCUCGGCAAGGAGGGCCUCACCAUAGGCGCGGCCUACCUCUGGGUCAGCGAGGGCGUGACGGACCGCAACAGGGCCAUCCUACGGAACUUCACUGCGGCCGCGGCAGCGGCGGGGAAGUAUUGGAUCCUGGGCGGCGACUUCAACAUGGACCCAGCUGAGCUCCAGCACACAGGGGUGGUCAACAGGAUGGACGGGGUCAUCGUGUUCGACACCUCACGCGGCUCGUGCGUCGCCUCGGGCGAGGCUCGGUACCGCGACUACGUCAUCAUGUCCAAGACGCUCCUGGACGGCCCGCUCCACGUGGCCGUGCAGGAUCAGUACAACACGGCGCCGCACCCACCUGUGCUCCUGCAUACUCAGGACGAUGUGGGCCGCUACUGGGGCAACCUGGCCAACACGUACGAGGAGCACCUGAACAAGUACUUCAACUACGUCGGCCUGGGCUGGCACGAGAGCAAGGGCCACCUGCGGCUGCCCAUCUACGCGUGGGAGCAGCUCAAGCCACCCACGGUGCACGAGGCCGCGCGAGAGCAGCAGUGGGCGGAGGCAGUUGAGUGGCUGGGCCGCCGCUUGGAACACGUCAGCACAGCAGUGCGGGCGUGGUGGAAGAACGGGAAGCAAGAGACGUUGGUCUGGGCUCAGAACAACGCCAAGGGCAUCCUAGGGAAGGACAUCAUCGGGCCGCUCCUCGAGCGGAACCAACCAGCAUGGCGCGCCGAGCCCGACCAGGGGCGGGGCAACGACGACGCCACGGGCGAGCAGGACAACUCAGACAACCUUGACGAGUUAAACUACACACUGCGCCGAGUCGAGGAGGACAUGACGAGCCUCCCAGAGAGUACUCCUCGGCGGACCCCCGCUGUCCUCGGCCCCACGGCCUCGCAGGACUGCCCGUUGGUCGGGGCGGAAGCGGCAGGAGAGCGCCGCCGACCGACGGGGCGGGGGCGAUACACGGACACCGAUUGGGGCAAGUUGGCGAACACAGCCGCCUGGAUCGACGCCGAGCACAUCACCGAGAGGGGUUUGCACUACGUGGACUGCGUGGCCAAGCUCAUGACAGUUGCUAGCCAGCACACAUGGCGGCGAGUACGGCAGGAAGCGCCUCGAAACUGGCGACGCUGGGUGACCAAGCACAGCCAGGCGGGAGCGGGAGCGCUGCACAAGUGGACUAAGCCGCCUGUGCCGUGGGCCCCGAUCCAGCCGACAGGGCCCCGCGCCCAGCAGGAGCUCACGCACCCGCAGGUGGCAGCGGGCACUGCGCUGGGGGGCUGGGAGACGGUCUGGGCGGACAGCUACAACGCCGACGAGCCGUGGUGCCAGGCCCCCAGCGACGACGAGUGGAGCGAGCACAGAGUCCCACGGAUCACUCCGAGGGACGUCAUCGAGGCUUGCGGGCGGUUCCGAGCUGGGACAGGCCUGGGAGAAGCAGACUGGCACCCGCGUCUCUGGAGACAUGGCGGGUUCUCAGGUACGGCACGCGUGGCAAGCGUGCUCAAUGCGGUGGAGCGAGGGGCGCCGUGGCCCACGUCGCAGGCCACCAUCCUCUUCUACCUCACGCCGAAGGCGGCAGGUGGCUUUCGCAACCUGGGCCUUAUCCCUGAGCUGGCGCGCGUGUGGGAGACCAUCCGCAUCCCCUACGCCAGGCGCUGGGAGGCAGCAACCAAACGAGCCUAUGACUGGGCACGCCGAGGGAGAUCGUCGGAGCGCGCGGCCUGGCUACAGGCACUCUACUGCGAGGCCGCGCGGGCCGACGGGCACGACUAUGCGGUGACAUACUUCGGCUUGAUCAAGUGCUUCGAGUAG